AUGCCGAUGCACUAUCGAGACUACCGUGCAAUAGUGACUCCGACAGUGAAGAUGAUAGAGCAGUCUUUCCAGAUCUCACUCAUUGACGAACAGCCCAUAUCUGCUUCAGACAUAGCAGAGGAAACAAGGAAAGACCCAGUGCUUUCCAAAGUCUUGGACUUAACAUUAGGCGGUUGGCCAACCUUCGUAAAUGACGAUAACCUUCGUCCAUUCAUCGACAAGAAAGACCAGUUGUCCACUGAUCAAGGGUGUGUUCUGUGGGGAUCAAGGGUGGUGGUACCUCACAAAUUCCAGAGGAGACUGCUAUCUGACCUGCAUGAGGGACAUCCAGGGAUCACUCGAAUGAAAGCACUCGCUCGCAGUUAUCUGUGGUGGCCUGGACUGGAUCAGGACAUUCAACAGCAUGUAGGCCACUGCUCACCUUGUGAAGCUGUUCGCAACAAGCCUGCUGCUGCGCCUCUUCAUCCAUGGUCCUGGGCUGCUACACCUUGGGAACGCAUCCAUGUGGAUUACGCCGAAAUUGACAAGCAACAUUUCCUUGUUGUCGUUGAUGUCCAUUCCAAGUGGAUGGAAGUGUUCUCUACUCAACUGACCACAGCUGAGAAGACCAUCAAUCUUCUCAGACACCUGUUUGCAUCCUUUGGACUAGUCAAGGAGCUCGUAUCGGACAAUGGCCCUCCGUUCACGUCAAACCAUUUUGAAAUGUUUCUCAAGAACAACGGAGUAAGGCACAUCCUGUCACCACCUUACCAUCCGGCAUCAAACGGAGCAGCGGAGAGAGCCGUGCAAACCUUUAAGAAGGCCUGGACUAGACUCGAGGUUCAGUCUGUGCCCACCCACCAAAGGAUUCUGUGGUUCCUGUUUACUUACUGUAACACACCACACACAGUAACGGAAUGUACACCAGCUGAACUGUUUCUGAAACGCCAACCACGUACCCGCCUGACAUUGUUGAAACCAGACUUGUCAAGCACUGUGGCAAAGCACCAGCUACAGCAGAAGAAAGCUCAUGACAGACACUCUAAGACUGUCAGAGAAUUCAAAGAGGAAGAGAGGGUGAUGGUACGUGAUUUCAGACACCCUAAGCGCCUGUGGAACUCAGGUGUGAUCUUGCAACGCAGAGGACCUUUGACUUACCAAGUCCAAAUUGGUCAUCGCCAGGUCAACGUUCAUGUGGAUCAUCUGCUACGGUCCAACGCCCCAGCAGAGACAUGCCGAGAGAACAAGAACAAUAACGACCCCCAGGACUAUUCUCCUGACUGUGGACGUACGGGAGAGACAGAGCCUGACCUUCCACCCGAACCUGGCCCACCACAGGAAGCCCAGGAGGAGCGGAGAUAUCCUAUUCGACAGCGAAGGGCACCUCAAAAGCUUGACCUGUGAGUUGAGCUGGUUAAGGAGGUAACGGACAGUAAAACAAACACUUUAAUAUGUCCUAGAUAAAAGGAAAGAAAAAGGGCAUUACCUGGGUUAGUUAUUAGGACACAAACUCCAUCUUCGGGCAGAAUAAUCCCCUGGAUUUGUGCUGGGCUCUGAAAAGUCUGCUUCAACCCAGUAGUUGAAAAAUGUUUAAGAAUGCAUUGUUCAGAUAUUGCAUUAGUAGUUACCUAACAUAUUUACCUUGUUCUCUGGGAGUUAAACAAUAUGGGGGAGGAGUGUAGUAUCUGGGAUCUACAUCUGUUUAUAUUAGUUACUGUGCUGUUACUAAGCAGUAAUGCAUUACGGCAGUGUUACGUUACUACACCUAAUAGGAAAUGCACAUGCGCACUGGGGUGCCGGGAACUGUAGAGCACGAGGGGUUUUGACUAAACGAAAACUAACUGUACUCCCGUCUCCUGCC